AUGUUAAAGCUCUUCUUCAUGUCUUUUUUUUACUCCGCUUUGAACCACAUACCUCCGACUCUGUGGGCAGUGCUUCAUGUGAUAGGGGAUAUCUUAAAAUUCUGGACCAAGAGGCUGAUGAACUACCUGCGACCAAAGUCGCGGACAUUGUACCAUCAUGCAAUCACCGAGCUUGACCAGUGUGAAACUUAUGCAGACUGGUAUGAGAAGGCUGCAAUCGUAGACGAAAUUACAGGUGCGGAUUUGUGGAGGCGCAACUUCUUCUCGCAGCGAUACGAUGUGACAUCGGUACUAGAGGAGUACGCGGUGCUAGACCAGGCACUCGACGAGGCGGAUGCCCAAACAAUUGUUCACAGGUUUAGCACAACGGGACCUUCGAUGUUGCGAAACUUUGCCGGCAUCGUUGACAAGAGGCUGUUCACGAAAUCCCUGAUUGGCACAAAAUUGCUAAUCGAGCAGUACCUUGACAAAGUCCUCGAAUGUCUGCAAUUUCUAUGUGAUCAACCUUCUGUUGCAAGAACUUCGUUUUUCCAGCGGUGUAAACUAUCGCUUGGCACUACUGCUUUCAUUUUGCAAGGUGGUUCGCUGUUCGGUUUGUUUCACCUCGGAGUUAUGAAAGGGUUACUUGACCAGAAACUGUUACCAAAUAUUAUAAGUGGAAGCUCGAUGGGGGCAUGUAUCGCAAGCAUGUGCACUGUACUCACGAAUGAAGAGCUGUCACAACUGCUUCAUGGGGACAAUCUACUGCAAGAAAUCAAGAAGGACAUUGAACUGCUUAAGCAAUGCGGAUACGGAAAUAUCGAUCAAGAUCUUAACCUAGGGUCACUACUGCAAAAUGUUGUUCAUAGGGGAUAUUCCAAGGACGUUUAUUUAUUUAUAAAAUUCGUGGAAAAGGCAAUUAUAAAGGAUAUGACUUUUGAAGAAGCAUUUCAGAGAACGGGAAAAAUUUUGAAUAUUGUUGUUCAUCCUACCGAUAGGAAUAUAUGCCCAUCUUUGCUUAACUAUGUUACUACACCUAAUGUUCUUGUAUCCUCUGCUAUUGAUUGCAGUCUAGGCUCCGAGGUCAUAUCAAGUGGGACAAGACUACUGUGCAAGAACUUGAAAAAUGAAAUUGUUGAUUAUAUUCCCGCAACAAGAGUUUCGCACUUUCUUUUUCUGACACCUCAAAAUGCAACAGAGACUGGAUUGAUAGAAAGUCCUUAUACGCGAUUAACGGAGCUUUUCAACGUGAACAACUUUAUCGUAUCUUUAGCUAGGCCUUAUCUUGCUCCUCUGGUGAUGAAUGACCUUAAGCAUGAAAUCAAAACUUCAAAGUAUUACUAUUACAAACAUUACCCUACUACGGACAUGAGCAAUUUUACUCCACUUCAACUAUCAAAUAUGAAUGAGGUUGAGCCCCUUGGGUUCAAAUUUAGAUAUCAUCUCGAGCGCAAACUUAAGCACAUAAUAACAAUGGAGUUUCGGCAUCGCGUUGAAGUUUUGGACAACCUAGGAUUGUUAAGUCAUUGGAUAAAACGAUUAGCAAUAGAUGAAAAGACCCCAAGGUCCGCGACAGAAGUUACCAUAGCCCCGAACCUAAAAAGUUUAUCAUUGAGUAGGAUCAUCGAAGGUCAACUUGAUAACAUACCAUAUUGGGUAAAAUGUGGUGAACAAAGUUGCUGGCCAGUUUUAGCUCUAAUAAAGACACGUUGUGCCGUGGAAUUCGGACUAGAUGAGAUAAUCAAAUCCAAAAAAGCCUACUAA